AUGGCCGUUCCUGAACCCGAGCCACCGCCGUCGUCCGCGGCCGUGCCGCCGCCGCCGCCUCCUCCGCUGCUCUUCUUGGCGAAGACGGCGCUUCGGAGCAGCGCGGUGUUGCAGGCCGUGGCAGGAAGGUUCCUCGCAGCAUCGUCGUACGAUGUCGUCUUCGGGAAGGUGCGUGGGGGAGAUGAGAAGCAGCCGUGCGGAGAAGCGACUCCUGCUUGGAGCUACCGCAGGUCUUCCCCGACGUUGCAGGUGGCUUUUGAGAAUUCUCAAUUUCCCCCUUCUCCCUUUCCGCCGUCCCUCCCUCCCUCCCCCCCGGGCGCGCGCCUCACCCCUACAGGAGUCGUGUGUGGAGCUACUGGAGGAGUCGUGUGUGGAGCUAUUGGAGGUCUUACCCGACGGUGCGCUCUCGUCCGUCUUAAAGACCGGUCCAAACCAAACGCCCCCAUUCUCCUCUCCCUCCCCCACUUCCCCUUCUCCCCCAUGGCCCCCUCCCCCCGGCCCAUUCCCCAUCUCUGCCCCCCCCUGCGCCACCCCUUCUCUCCGCACCCCCCUCCCCCACGGCGCACAUACGCGGGGAGGGACAUGCUAGCAGUGCUGUCGGACUCGGGCAAGCUCUCCAUCCUGGCUUUCGACCCCGAUCUCAACAGGUGCCGUGAGGGAGAGAGAGGGGGGGGUGGGCAGUGGGAGUACUCGCAUGGGGGAGGCAGGGCGGUGGCAGUGGCGGCAAUGGAGGGGCGAGUGGCAGUGCUGCCCGUGCUGCACUCCCACACGUGCGAUCGGCUCAUAGCUAAGCCCAUUGUGUUCCCCUCGUCUGCCUCCGCCUCCUCUCUACCCGCCUCCCCUGCCACCAUACCCGCAGCAGCACCCCGCUCCACUCACACUCACACUCACACACCACCGCGCUCCUCCUCCCCCUUCUCUCAUCUUCUCGGCAACCAGCCCCCAACCAUUACUCUCGGCACCAUUUGGAGCAUCGCCUUUGUCACCUCCGCACCACUCCGCACUGCUUCACACCGCCCCGCCCCUGCCGCCGCCGCUUCUGGUGGUGCAGGGGAUACUGCCGGCAUUCCAGUUGCUCCAUCCGUUGCUGCUGCUGCUAUUGCCAGCACAGCACCAGGCACAACCCCUCCUGCCGUCUCUCCUGUCUUCCGUGUCCCCACAUCGCUCCCCUCUGCACCACCCCCGCCGCUGCUGUACCUCCCCCCACCUGCCAACGUCCCCAUGUCUCCCUGCGCCUCUGCAAUGCAUGCUGCAGCAGUAGCGGCAGCAGGGGAUGCCAGUCCUGCUUUGCUCCCUGCUCAAAGCACUUACCAGCGGCAUCAGCCGCAGCAGCACCAGCGUCAGACACAGCAGCAGCAGGUGGUGGUGGGGGGAAAAGAAGAGUCCGGUCCCUUGUACCUUGCAGUGCUUUCGCACAGCAAGGGUUCCUCUUCCUUUGACCUUGUUCUGCUCCGCUGUGAUCCUGCCCUCGCCUCCCUCCGCCCUGCCUCUUCUCUCUCCAUCCCCGCCCGACCCUGCCCCAUGCAUCUCGUCACUCCCCCGCGCACCCCCAACACGCUUCUGCUGCUGCGUGAGGGGAGUGUGGUGGUGGUUGGUGUGAGGGAGGGGGAGAGGGGAGAGGGAGUGAGUAUGGUGGUGGAAGCAGUGGUUGGGCUGGGAAGGGAUGUGAGGAGUGAGGGGGAGAGAGUUGGGGGGUGGCAGAGGGGGAGGGAGAGGAGGAGGAGAGGACGGGGGCGAGGAGGGGAAAGAGGGGACGGAGGAGGGGAAAGAGGUGACGGAGGAGGGGGCGGAGGAGGGGGCGGAGGAGGGGGCGGAGGAGGGGGCGGAGGGGGAGGAGGCAGCGGUGGUGGGGGAGGGGGAGGGGACGGGGGAACGGGGGGGAGCGGAGGAGGAACGCGAAGCGGCGGUGGCAGAAGUGGGGGAGGAUUCGGGGAGGACGGGAGUAGGGAGGGAGAGGGGAGGAGUGAAGAGGACAGGGGCGAGAGGCGAGGGAUGAGUGAUGAUGCGUCUGGGGGUAUGGACGGAGGAGGAAGAGCGUGGGCAGGCGCAGGGAGCAGGGGAGAAGGGAGGGAGCAGUGGGAGAGGCGUGUGGGAGGAAACACUAUGGGAGACACCUGGGGUUGCAGCAUGGAGUGUGGCAUUACUGGUGGGAGCAGCAGCAGCAGCAGCAGCAGCAGCAGCAUUGGCGGCAGUGGUGAUGGUGGUGGAAGUGAAUCCCACCAUUGCUGCACUGCCUCGCGAGAAUCCCCCAGCCUGCCCUCCGGUUCUCCUGUCCUGUCGACCGCUCUCCCCGUCCCCUCGCCUUCCCCCUUUGCACGCCUUGCCCGGGACGCAGUCAGGCAUGCUCUGGUGCAGGGGCGGCGUUAUGUGGAGGAGAAUGGCGGGAAGGGGUACCAGGGGGAGGUGGUAACUGGAAAGGCAGUAGCUGGGCUGGUCGCGGUGGGGGGAGAAGCGGGUGGAAGAAUGGAGGAUAGGCAAGUGGGGGAGGUGAGGGACAGGUGGAGGAUUACGGGGGGUUGGACUGGGAAGGAAGGAGGGGCGAGUGGGAGCGAGGUGGAGAGGUAUGUGGAGCGGUGUGGAGGGGACGAUGUGAGGAAGAGGAGUUUGGUUCUUAGAAAAGAGGAUUCACGGGGUGGUGGUGAUGGCAGGGGGGAUUAUGGGAGUGGUGGUUGUGGGGUGGGAUGGGGAGAGAGGUGUUGGGAUGAGACGCAGAGAGCGGGAGGGGGUGAUGAUGGGGAGGGGGGUGUGGGGGGAUGUGCAGAUGGGGAUGGGGAGGGGGCGGAUAGACACGAGUGUGAGGGAGAGGAGAGGGUGGGGAGAAGAGAAGGGGAGGGGGAGGAAGGAGGGGAGGGGGAGGAAGGAGGGGAGGGGGAGGAAGAAGGAGAGGGAGAAGAAGAAAGGGACGGGGAGGGGGGCACAGGCGAGGAGCAGGAAAUGGAAGAAGAGAGGGGAGAGAACGAACGGGAGGGAGAAGAGGAACAGGAGUAUGAUGGGGAGAGGGGGUGGGACGGGGAGGAGGAGGUGGAGCAGGAGCAGGAGCAGGAGCAGGAGCAGGAGGAUGAGGAGGAAGAAGAGGAUAAGGAGGAGGAGGAACCGUUGGGAUUGAGAUUGUUGGAGGAGGAAGGGGGAGGCGAGGAGGGGGUUUUGAUCAGCAGUUGGACCUGGGAGGUGCAGGCAACGCCAGAGAGAUGGUGCCACAUGACGCAUGGGCAUGGGCAUGGGCAUGGGCAUGGGCAUAAAGGGAAGGCAAGAUCUAGGGUUAGCAGAAGGAGGAAAGUAAGGUGUGGUGAUGAGAGCGGGCCAGCGGAAGGGGCUGUGUGGAGGGAGGCCGAUGUGGUCAUGAUGGAGAGUGGGGGAGGUGAGGGGGGCGAGAGGGGCGAGGAGAGAGAUUGGAGGGAGGGGGGAGAGGGAGGAGAGGCGGGAGAGGGAGAAGAGAGGCGAGAGGAACGGGGGGGGCGUGAACAGUCGCAAGGAAAGCAGCAUAUGGAGGAGCAGGGGGAGCAGGAGAGGCAGGAGAGGCAGGAGAGGCAGGAGGAUGAGAAGUACGGUCGGCAGCAGCGAGAGCAGCGGCGGUGGAAGCAGCGUGGGAGGUGUGGUGUGAGGUGUGUAGUAAGGGAGGAAAGGCUCCUCCUCUGCACGGACCAAGGCACUCUCCACGUGCUCUCCCUUCAGCACCACACACCCUCUUCCGCCUCCUCCUCCUCCUCUUCCUCCCCUGCCUUGUCUUCCGCCUCUGACUCCUUUCGGUCUACCACCUCCGCGCUCACCCCCGCACUCACACCCACCUCCCCCCUCUCCACCUCCCCCGGUAGCCCCCUCCUCCCGUCCCCCCUUCCGCCCACCUCCCGCGCCUCCCCCCCGUCCCCCUGCUCCCCCAUGUCUCUUCAGUGCGCCCCCCCGCGCGAGCAGGAGGGGGAGGGGGAGGGGGAGAGGGCGGAGGGGGCGGGGGAAGCAGAGAUGGGGGGAGAGGAAGGAAGAGGGGGAGGACGUGAGGGUGGGGAGGGAGGGAGGGGAGAGGGCAGAGAAGUGGGGACGGUGAGGGAAGAGGGGUGUUUACAGGUGUGGCUGUCACCUGUGCUUGCGAGUGGUGUGGCAGUGGGUGCUGUGGCAUGGGCGGGUUCACACACGGUGGUUGCAGCUGCUGCGGCUGGGUCAGGGUGCGUGUUCCAGGUGGGGGGGGAGAAGAAGGGGGGCGAGUUGGAGGGGGAGAGGGGUGGGGAGCAGAGGGAGGUGGGAGCAGGUGAUGUGGAUGAGAGGGAGGGGGGGUGUGGGGUGGGACUGUAUCAGCAGGGAAUGGAAGCAGACCGGUGCACACAUGACCUUACCACAGCUGCUGCUGCUGCUGCUGCUGCUGCUGCUUCUGGUGGGGUUGAUGCUGCCGCAACGGGUACAGAAACGGGGGAGGAGCAGCAGGGGGAACAGAGGGAGGGCAGCGAGAGACGGCCAGGGAGGCAGCAAUGGGUCUUAAUGGAAUGCGAUAGAGACGCAUCACCCAGCAAACUCAACACCAACCACCCCACCUCUACUCCCACCCCUCUUCCCUCCCAUCACCCAACCCUCCCUCCCAACCCGCUCCCCUCCUCCUCCCCGCUCCCAUCCCCGCCAAUCUCCCUCACCCUCCAUUCCCCCAUCCCCGGAAUCGCUCCUCUAAUAGACUUCACUCUGGCCGACCUGGGGGGACAGCAGCAAGACCAGGUAGUUGCAGCGUGCGGGGAGGGGGAGGGCGGGGCGGUGUGUGUGGUGCGGAACGGGGUGAGCGUGGAGCGGUUAUUAUCAACCGCUCCCGAGUACCAUGGGGUGACAGGGACGUGGACAGUGCGGGUGCGGGCAGGGGACGAGCACCACUCGCUCUUCGUCAUGUCGUUUGUCUCUCAGUCGCGUGUGCUGGCCGUGGGUAGUCGCUUCAGAGACGUAUCCGAUCAAGUCCCUGUGGAUCUCUGCUCGCCCACACUAGCAGCAGGUCGCAUCUUAGACGGGUACCUCGUGCAGGUAACACCUGGGCAGGUGCGCCUGUGCCGCGUGCCCCAGGCUCUCAUGCGGGGGAGUGAGGGCGGGGAGGGUGGAGGAGAGGAGGAUGGGGAGGCGGGCGCAAGUGAAGGGAUGGAGAUAGGGUUGGAUGGGGGGUGUGAGGGUGGAGGCGAUGGGAGGAGAGAAGGCGGGGUGUCGCAGGAUGGGCUGGUCUGGGUCCCACCCUCCUCCACCACCACCACUACUACCACUAGCACCAAUGCCUGGAGCAGCAGCAGUAGCAGCAGGAGCAGGAGCAGGAGCAGCGGCAGCGGCAGCAGCAGGCAGCAGAUAGCAGUGGCAGCGGUGGCGAGCGGAGUGGUGCUAGUGGCGCUCACAUGCAACCCGCCUGUGCUCGUCAUGCUCACAUGCUCCCUGCUGCCCCCGUCCACCCAGGAGGCCUCUCCCAUGCGCGCACCAGGUUGGGUUUCCUUUGAGAGAUCUCCCCCCCCGCGGGUGUGUCUGGUGGAGGUGUGUCGGUACUCGCUGCAGUACGAGCUCUCGUGUAUCCAUAUCCCGGACAAUACCUUUCCUCCACUGCCACUCGCACAGGGGCAUGAAGUAGCACUAGGACAGGCAGAGGCACAGGGACAGGGAAAGGGAGAAUCAGGGUUCGGUGAACCACCAACAGCAGCAGCAGGCACAGCAGCAGCAGCAGCAGGUGGGCUUUGUCUUGUGGGGCGUGUGGCCCUCCUGGGCACAUACGAGCCAUCCGUGCGAGUCGUAUCCCUCGACCCCACCCACCUCUUCCGCCUCAUUGCCCUCGCGCCCCUGCGCGCCCUCCCCCUCCCCGCACUCGCUCGCAGCAGCGCCAGCGGCAGGGGCGGCAGCGGCGGCGGUGGCAGCAUGGGAGGGAGUGUGCCGGAGAGCACGUGUCUGUUGCUAUUCGACCAGGCGUAUGUGGCAGUGGGGCUACGCAACGGCACCCUUGUCAGGUUCGCAUGGCCGCAAGGGAAGGAACCACAGGGGCUGCAGGCAUCGGCAGGUGCUCUCACUCCCGCACCCGCACGUGCUGCCUCAUUCCCCCGUGCGGUGCAACUAGAGCUGGUAGCAGACCGGCAGCUAGGGCUCUCCCCCGUGGUGCUCGUGCCGCUGCAACCAUCCCUGCAGUGUGAUGUGGUGGCAAUGAGUGAGCGCCCGUGGCUGCUGGUGCACUCGUCGCAUAGCAUGCGCCCGCUCUGCGCCUCCAUCUCCUUCCCCGCAUGCACGCACGCUGCGCCGCUCUCCUGUGCCGGCUGCACCAGUGGGAUCAUAUUCGUGGCUGAUAGGUCACUGCAUAUUGUGGAGCUAGCUCGGGCUCGUCGCUUGGACAUGCACCGCAUGCCGCUACACGCCACGCCGCAACGCCUCCUCCUCCACCCCUCCUCCCACACACUCCUCGUCGCCUGCGCCGCCCCUCCCCCGCGCGCUCACCCGUGUCUCUCCUCGUUCCUCGACCAACCCUCCCCGCCACCCACCCCCCCGGCGGCCCCCUCCCGGCCGUCACUGCAGUGUCUAGACCCAUCAUCUGGGUCGAUUCUUUCGAGCUUUGAGCUUCCUCAGCAGGAACCCUCCCCCCUCGCUCCUCUCCCCCACGCCCACACGCCUUCUCGAAUGGCCCUUUCUCCCCUUCCCCCCCUGCAGCAGCACACAGGGUAUCAGGCAGGAGGCAGGGGAUAUGGCAAGGAAGGGGAGCAGGAUGAGGAGGAGGGUGUGAGGGAUGGGGAAAGGGAGGUGGGGAGGGAUGGAGGGAAGGGGAAAGGGAAAGCGGUGGCAGGUGCGGAGCAGCAGCAGCAGCAGCAGCAGCAGCAGGGGGGGAGGCUGAGGCGCAGGGAGCAUGGGAGCAGCAGCAGCAGGCACGAGUUUGUGAUGCUAGGGACGGAGGAGACUGAAGGCUCUGAUACCGGGUAUGCUGCCACUCGUGCUUCACUGUUAUCUAGCAUGGGUUCCUUUCCAGCCAUACGAUCGCUUUGCUGGUCUCUUCUUUUGCAUGCUUCCGCCUCCUUCCCUCUCCUCCCUCUGUUCCUUUCUCUUCCGCUACUUCUUCCUCCCCAUCGCUUCCCUUCUUCUCUCACGUCACCUCUCCUCAUUCCAAGAGCAGUGCUUUCCUCUAUCCCAUCGCUUGCCCUUUCCCUACAUUUGUCCCAUCUCAUCCCUUGUGCUCAUCCCCCUCGUUCCCCUCUCCCCACUCGCGCCUGUCCUCCCCCCCCCCCCCCUUCUCUCCGUUCAAUCCACUUCAACCCUCAACCUCCUAUCGCUUUCCCCUCCCCUCCUCCCCCUCUCCGCCCUCCCUCUUCCUCCCCCUCCCCCUACGCUCCCAGGGGCACGCUGUAUAUGCUGCGACUCCAGCCCUGCCCCCAGCCUCCCUCCACCGCUCCUCCUGCCCGACCCUCUCGUCCGUCGCUCCCUCCCCUCCCUCCUCUCUCCACGCCUCUCUCUUCCUCACCGCCGGUUGCCUCAGCUGCAGCAGCAGGGGUCGGGGGGCCACGCGGGGGCAGUGGCAGCGGCACGGGGGGAAGGUGGGGGGAAGAAGGGGGGGCGGGGGAGAGGCUUGGGGGGCUGAGUGGGGUGCUGGAGCGGAUGAGACGGGCAGUGGCUGCUGCUGAGCGGAGGGGAGGGGGAGAGAGCGGGGGAGCAGGGGGAGCAGGGGGGGCGGUUGUAAGGGAGGCAGGGGGAGCAGAAGUAGGCGGCAGCACUGCAGGGGGAGGGAGGGGCGCGGGAGAGGUGGGGAGACGGGGGGGAGAGGAGACAGGUGAAGUUGAGGGGGGUAGAGAGGGAAUGGCGGAGGGUGGUGCUGGUGGGAUUGGGAGGGAGAGGGAGAUGGGAGGAGAGGAGCAAGGGACAGGAUCUGGUGAGAGCAGAGGGGUGACAGGUGACCGGCAGGUGACCGGCGGCAUGGGAUUGAUGGGAAGGAACAGUGGGGGGGGGGAGGAGGAGGAGGAGGAGGAGGGGGAGGGGCGACUGGCUGUAGGCAGCAGCGAGGCUGAUGCUUCUCGCGGUGGUGCUGGCGAGGGGGAUAGAGAACAGGCAGCGGCAGUGGCUGCAGCAGGAGAAGCGGCAGGAGCGGCAGUGGGAGGGCGGGAGGUGGUACUGCUACGGAGUGUGCCCAUGCCCGGGCCAGUCUCUGCCAUCGUGCCGUUCCUGCACAAGUACCUGCUCGUUGCCGCGGGCAACAUGCUGCUGUGCUUCUCCUUCUCCCCCAAGGCAUAUCUGCGACGAGUCGCCUCCAUCAGAACCCGCCACGCCAUCCGCUCCCUCUCCGUUGCUCCGCCCGCACCCCAACACACCCCUCUCCCGCCCUCCUCCGCGCCCCUUCCCUCCUCCUCCCCCUCCUCCUCCGCCGCCGCCGCUGCCACUUCUGCCGCCGCCGCUGCUGCCGCUGCGCCUGCUCUGUUGGCCGCUCUGUGUGCUUCCGCCCCACUCACUCACCAUGUUCUGGUGGCUGAUUCCCGCGAUGGAGUGCUGCUAUACGCCUUCCAUGAGGGAGCAGCACGGUUUGAGCUGCUACAAUCAGACCCAUCGCACCGCCUCACGUCCGCAUGCCUACUGCUCUCCUCCCACCCCGCCGCUGCUCUCGCCUGCGACCGCCGCGGCUCCCUCUGCCUCCUCGCCUCGCCCCCACCACCCCCUGCCGCUGACCUUGGCUUACAUGCAGGGUGCACGGGCAGCAGUCCAGAGCGGAACCUGCAGGAGCGGGCGUGGUUUUACCUGGGGGAAGGCGUGCAGGGCGUGAAGAAGGGUUCACUGGCGUACCGCACUCCCCUGGCAUCCACAGACCACCGCCCUCUAAAGCAGCAGCUGCAGCAGGGAGAGGUUCUGGUGGGGAGGGAGGAGGCAGGAGGGGCAGGAGAGGCAGGAAGGGGGAUGGGCAGUGGCAAGCGGAUGGGUGCAGGGAGAGGGAGGGAUGGCGGUGUGGGUGGCGAGGAUUCGUCCAUGGGUGCUUCGUCCCUUGUGGUGUCCACUCUGCUGGGAUCUGUUGUCACGUUGCUGCAACUGUCCAGGGCGGAUUAUGCCCUGCUGUCGCUCAUAGAGCGCCGUUUGGCAGAGCACCCACUCACAGCGCCCCUCCUAGGCAACAACCACGCUCACUUCCGCACCAAAGGGUCUCCACCGCAUGUGGUGCGAGUACUAGACGGUGACAUGCUGUCUCAGUUCCUCCACCUCUCCCCGCGCCAGCAGCACCAUGUGCUCUCAGGCGCCUCUGCAGACGCCGCCGCCUCCUCCCUCCUCGGCCCUGCCUACGCAGCUUCCCUCCCCCCCUCUGCUGCCAGCCUUGGCAGCAGCAGGAGGAGGAAAACCACCAGGAUGGCACGUGCUGCUGCUGCGGGCAGCGGCAGCAGCAGCAACGGGAGCGGGAGCGGGAGUGGGAGUGGAAGUGGGAGUGGGAGUGGGAGCAGUGGUGGGGAGGCCACGGGGGAGUGGCGGUCGUCUGCGCUGCUAGACCUGCUAGAAGGCCCGCGGGAGAGAGUGUGGGUGGGAGCCGGUGGAGGCUUGGCUGAGGCAGCAGCCGGCGCCGCUGCUGCAGCUGACGGUGGUGCUGGUGCUGCUGGUGGUGCUGGUUCAGGUGCAAACGUUGCUGGGCUGAGUGAGGAAGCAGGUACUGCUGCACACUUGAAUGACGCCUUUGUGGCUUCUGCUGGGAUGGCCCCUGCUGCAGGAAGCGCUUGGGCAGAUGGAGCUACCAAGUCAUUCAUGAAGCAGUGGGUGAAGCCUGAUGUCUAUCCCCUCAUUGCCGCCAUGGGCGCAGGCCUGACCUUCAUGGUGUACAGUGGAAGCAGGGCCCUCUUCCAACCCGACGUCUUUGUGAACAAGGCGUCCAGGGUGGAUAACGGCGGAGAGAUGUGUUCAGAGAAAGAAGGCAAGGAGUACAAGCAUUCACCGCUUCGGGAAUAUGUCAAGACGAAAUAUGACGUCGAGUCGACCAUCAGCCCGCACGUACCAGCACAAAAGUGA